AUGCGUGAGUCUCACCUCUGGACCCUAGGAGCACCCAUGGCCACAGAAAACUGGCAGCAGCGGCAGCGGGCCUGUGACCCUGCCUCUCCACCUGUGGAGGCUCCCAAGAGUCUCGCCUCCUGCCCCUUCCCUGCAGUGACUGAACGCAUGAACCCAGCAACACAAGAUGCGGCUCAUAAGCUUAGCUCGUUCUCUCCCGCUACUCCCACAGGGACAGAGCCUGUGACUCGGGACAUCCUGGACACUGCAGAGGCACGCACCAUCCCAGUCCCCCAGGCAGGGACGCCAGUGGCACCUGCAGCAGCAGGGCAGCGAAAACCCUGGAGGCACAGUGAUGAUACCAAAGAACUGGGCAGCAAUUCUGACGGAGGAGACCGAAGAAGAAAGUGCAUUUCUCAAAGUGGCCACAGCUCAGGUUGUUGUUCAGCCACUCACCCAUCUCAUCCUCAUCCUGGUUACCAGACAGCUCAGCGUAGGCGAGGCCGAGCUGAGAGGAUGGAGGAAGAAGCGAGAAGCCUAGGAACUGCAGACACGUUUAUCCUCCUCCGGCUGGCAGGGCAGCCCAGCAGCAGACCGAACGCAGCACAGCCGCACACACCCUCCCUCCUGGCUGACACAGCGGCCAUGACAGGGUCGCUCCUGGCUGAUGACGCAGCCCUGGAAGUAGGCAGGCGUCUUCUCUUCUCUCAGGGCUGA